AUGAGAAGUUAAGACAAUUCAAAAUUAAAUAUAAGUGUUCAAAUCAAAGAGAACAGUUUUAUUAAGGGACGUAAAUUAGACUCCUUCACUAAUACUCCUUUAGUAGUAAACUCUCGAGAACAUCCUUAAUAUGGGAAUAUAAUCAAAGAAGAAGAAAAUGAUAUAAUGUUGGGUAAUUUGAUCAAUAGACCAACAAAAAUUAAAACCAAAAAGAAAAAAAAGAAGAAGGCUUUAAAUACUAAGCUUAGCGCGCCUGUGACUAAAGCAUCAUAAGAAAAGCUUGAAAAAAGUAGUAAACCUAAAAAGUUUGUAAAUACUAGUAUGAACAAGCUUUAAAAAUAAAAAAAAGUUAAUACUGCCCCUCUCUUCAAUUGGGGAGUCAAUUAGGAACGAUUAAAAAAUUACUUUUUAAAUGAAUAACUCAAAUAGAGAAAUGUCCAAGACACCAUGUUGAAAAGAGUGAAUAAAACUGAUGUGGACAUUAAAUAGAGGAGAGAUCAAUUAGGUGUUUCAUUUUUAAAUAAUAUAUCCAUCGAUAAAUUUAUUAAAAAGAAAAAAAUAAAUAAAUCAUUGACUCCAACUAAAAAAGAUCCAAACAAACCUAAAUUUUAAAUCAACCAAGAAGAAAUCAGGAAAUACAAAGAAUUCAAAUAGAAACUGAUUAUGAUAGCAAAAUAAGAAUUAAGAAAGAAAGAAUACGAAAGACAAUUCAAAAUCCAUCAAAAUUUAUAAAAUUCUCAAUGA